AUGGACUGCCAAAUCGGAUCCCGUCGUUGCGCCACUUGGGACGAAAUCGAAGACGCUCCUCAGAUCAAGAGACUUCGAGAGGACAAAGUGCAGGAGAAUGUCCCUCAACAAGCCAUUCAACAACCUGCCACCACUCAACAACAACAACAACAAUCUCCACAACAAACCACCCAAGCGCCAGCCCAGCAGCCGAAAUUCUACAUCUCGGCACCAAUUCAAGGAUACACCGUGGAUAAUCAAGGCGGGUGCCGUUAUUUGUUCUUCUAA